AUGACACGCCUGGCUCCGUACCUCGAACAGCACAGACCCGAAACCCUCAAUGGUCCAGGGGACGCCCGGCCAACAGCCGCCCAGGUCGUCGAGGAUCAAGGACUCGUAGCAAGUCCCGAAUGGAGUGGCAGGGUCAUUCUCGUUACAGGGUGCUCGCCAGGAGGUCUCGGAGCCGACACCGCCAAAGCUCUUCAUCUGACCAGUGCGGACGUCUACAUCACCGCCAGGGACAUCGCCAAGGGUAAGCAGGUUGCCGAUGAGAUCCUAGCGGACGGCAAGCCGGGAAAGGUCUCUGUGAUCGACAUGGACUUGGGGUCAUUGGCGAGCGUCCGAGCCGGAGCGGAAGAAUUUCUCCGCCAGAGCGAAGGCAAGCUCAACGUCCUGAUCAACAAUGCAGGAAUAAUGGCCUGCCCACAGGGCAAAACUGCAGAUGGCUUCGAACUUCAAUUCGGCACCAACCAUCUAGCCCAUUUCUAUCUCUUCCACCAAGUCAAAGACGCCCUUCUGGCCUCGUCGACCCCGUCGUUCAACUCCCGCGUCAUCUCGGUCGCCUCGGCUGCCCACAGAUACGGUCCGCUCGACUUUGAUGAUCUCAACCGCGAGCGCACCGAGUACGUGCCGAUAAUCGACUACGGCCGAUCCAAGCUCGCCAACAUCUACUUUGCGAACGAACUGGACCGGCAAUAUCAGUCGCAGGAUCUACGAGCGUUUAGCCUGCAUCCAGGAGGAAUUCUCACGCCUCUCGCGAGACACCUGGCCAACACCCAAGACAUCUUGGACGAUCCCGGUCUGGUGAAGACGUUGAAGAAUCCCGCGCAAGGCGCCGCCACCACCGUCUGGGCCGCGGUGGCCAAAGAGUUGGAGCGCAAGGGAGGACUUUACCUUGACGAGGUCGCCGAAGCCGUGCCUACCCCGCCAGAUGCGCCCUAUUACGCCGGAGGCUACAGUCGAGACGCUUUCAACCCCGAGGCGGAGAAAAGGCUCUGGGCUGAAAGCCUGAGAUUGACAGGUUUGAGCGAGUGA